AUGUCGCUGGCUAAACAACUAUCCGCGAAGCUACCCGCCUGGGAAGACUGCGGCUGGAUCAGUGUGCACGGCAGUCCCCUCCUGCGGGCCCUGGUGAACCAGCUCAGACAACGCUGCGCCCCUACAACCAUAUGCAAGGUGGCAAAUAUGGAAGAGUUCCGGACCCGGAAUGACGCCAUCGAGCUGGCAAAGCAACACUUUCUCACCCACCAGUGUGAGGAGGUAGCCCCGAAGAUCGAUAGACAAUUUGACCUCUCUGGAGCAAAACUGGCCACCCUCUCGCAAGCGAUAGCAUACAGAGGCAUCUUGGCCACACGGACCCCAUCAGACCGUCCCCGAACGUCGGGACAGGUCGAGAGGAUCCUGAAUAGCCUGCGCAGUCCAGGCUCCCUGCCACCACCGACACAACUGCUGUGGACAAGCCUACGCGAUAGGGACAUCCAUAGACGGAUAGUGGACUUCCUAUGGAAAGGAAUGCAUGACGCACUAAAGAUCGGGGCCUUCUGGGCCCACAUACGAGGAUUUGAAGACCGCGCAGAUUGCUCAACAUGCGGCACACGCGAGUCGCUGAGGCACAUCUUGUCCGAGUGCAGAGCGCCAGGCCAGGACCUUGUAUGGUCCCUCACGGGCGAACUCUGGAGGAAAAAGGCGGGAACCUGGCGCAAACCGUCCCUCGAGGAUGUCCUGACGGUUGGCCUGGGCCUGUACCCAAAGCCCGACGGCGCCAAGUCCAGUCAUGCCCUGGCACGCCUCUGGCGCAUUGCAAUCUCUGAGGCGGCGUACCUCAUCUGGAAGCUGAGGUGCGAGCGGGUAAUCGAACACGCCGACGAACCUGACUGGACCCACUCACAACGGGAGAUCACAAGAAGGUGGUAUGCGGCGAUGAACAGACGCCUGCAGCUAGACCUCAUAGCGACCCGUAGGAGUUUCGGUAACUUAGCAAAAUCCAGGCUGUUGGUCCUGGCCACCUGGACGGGUACCAUAAGUGACGAGAAUGGUCUCGCGGAAGACUGGACCAAACUACCAAGGCUUUUAGUGGGUAUUGACCCGGGUUUCUGUCGUAUUGCGAUAGACCCAGGGUAG